UUAAGCGCCUGCUGGAUGCCAGAGAGGUGAUCCCUCGCUUUCCCAAAGGGGAAACUAAGGCUGAGGAGGCGUAGCCUUGACGGCGCAGCAUUUGGGACCCAGGGCCCGAAAACCCCACCGCAGAGUUCGCAGUCCCUUUAAUUCACUCCCGCCCCGCAGGCAGCCCUGGGGAUGACGCAGCCGGCGGUCUUAAGAGCAGAUUCUUGGGUACAGGGAAUGUGGUAGCCGGCCAGGCUGUCAGGAGGACACAGAACAGACCCGACUCCCAUCUCAGCAGAACGCUGGGCCCAGCCCCCCGGCAAGCCGGGCCUAAUUCGGGGCCUCUGACUCAGCCUCGGGUGAGCAGAGUAGCGGGGUCUGCCAGGUGAGCAGCGGCCAGAGGGCGCGGGCACGAACAGUCCAGGCUGGCCCCCCAGGGGCCGCGCGCCGGGCCCGAAAUAGCUCGUUUUGAUCCCACCACCUCGGCUAGGAGCCCAGGCCUGGCACUUAGCGCAACCAGCUGCUCCUACAGCAAGACGGGAAGUGGUUAAUGACUCCGCGGUACCGGUUGGCUGGCGCGACUGAUGGAGGGGCGGCAGUUAGGCGACAGACUCCCCGAAUGCCCUGUACCCAAGAAACGGUGGUUACUUUGGAGUCCAGACAAGCUUCCCGCAGCAAAAGUAGGAGUGGCUAUAAGGCAGGGCUGGAAAGAGAAAGUACUUUAUGACCCCUCCUCAACGCGAGCUCACCCUCGGAUCCUUCCCAUUGGUUCACAGGCUUGCCAAUUACUGCUACGAGCUACGGUUCUCCAAUCAAACACGCUCUCUCAGUCAGUCCGGAGGUACGGCCAGUUGUGCGACAUCUCCCUUUGGCCGCUUCCCAGUUACUUUUGUUUUCUCCUCCAUCAUUGGUCGCCCUGGAGGCCGCUCUCUUCCCGCGCGGGCACUCCGAGAGAGGGACGGGCCUGGCCAGGCAUUGCUUAGCAACAAAGAUGCACGCAGGCUCAGCCCAGUGAGGGAGCGGAGCUGGCGGAAGCGCCCAGGUAGCUGCUGGAUGGACCGCAGGUGAGGCCGAUCCUUCUCCCGGGGACCCCAGGAGGCCUGGAGAGGACCUAGGGUGAGAUGAACACAGCGUCCGGUCCGAUUUGCUAAGGUCCGGAGUCUCUAUUUUUAAAACCGCACUGGAACUACGACUCCCAAGAUGCUCCACAUCCGCCGGCAGCGCCAGCUUUGGACUUCACCAUCUCGGGGUCCCACUGCGUCUUACGUUCCGCUUUCCAAGUGGCUCCAAGGGCUUUUCGUUUUCCUCCACGGGUGUCCAGUGUCAUCUUGGGAGUUAAAUUUACGAAUUUUAAAACUGCCCCAGAUUCCUGUGGGUGUUGGUUUUUAACUUUAUUGCUUAGACGGAGCCCAGUUGCUGUUGGGGAUUGUAGUCCUUUUACCAUUUACACCUUAGUGUACCCAGGACUUUAUGGGAAAUGUACAGUGUAAGGGGUUAGCCGUGGUUCUCAACCCGAGCUCCACGUCGAAAUCACCUGGGACGGUGCGAAAGAGAUACAGAUGACUAGCCCGCUUCCAGAUAUUAUGAUUCUUUUCGGCUUGGGUCUGCCAGUUUUCUCCAUCCAAGACAACCCCCUUGAGGAUACUGCCCUGGAUCAAAGCCACUAUUGGCCAUCCGGAAGCCAGACUUGGCACCCCAAGACCCUGACCCCAUCCAGGUCCCAGAGGUCCAGGCCCGCAGAAGCUCCGAAGGCUCUGGCCACAGGUCCCAACUCCUCUGAACUGUUUGAAGAGUCCUGGCCAUCCAGCUCAGAAAGCCCUUCCCCGCCCAGCACCACUGAAGGACAGAUGGGAACCUCUCCGUCACCCACCCUGAUCGACAGCAGGGAGUCCGUGGUGGCCAAGUACAUAAACCGGUUCCGUCAGGCUCAGCCCACAAGCCGAGAGGAGCGCCAGCCUGCAGGCCCAACCCCAGCUGACUUUUGGUGGCUCCGGCCUGAAUCUCCAGACACCAGCAGUCAACUUGCUGAAGCAGGAGCCAAUGAACCAGAAGGAAGACCCAGCACAGCAGUCCCAAUUCUUGCCAAGGUGGCCAGUGCAUCUCAGGCUAAGGCUGUGGCCCCCCUUGAGGAAAUGAAGCAGAGCCUCAACACAUGGAACUCGUCCCUGCUGGACCUGGAGACACUGAGCCUACAGAGCAGAGCUGCCAGGCUGCUCAGACGCAGCAAGGCAUCCAUCUCUGCCUCCUCACUAAGCCCUAGCGAUACCAGCAGCUCCUCAUUCCCAGUCAGCUCUGAUGGCCUCUCUCCCUUCUCCGUGACCUUCACCCCUGACUUCAGCAAGGGCUCUGACCCCAAGGCACAUGCAACACCAGUGCCUGCCUCCAUCCCUGCGCCAGCCCAGGUCUCCUCCCAGGCACCCCUGCGUCCAGAGGAUGACAUUCUAUACCAGUGGCGGCAGCGGCGGAAGCUUGAACGGGCUCGGGCUCAGGCUCGAGGAGGACAGGGUGAUGGAACCUGGGUACUACCCCAGACUCCUGCCCUCACCACUCCAGCCCAUUCUGCCCCUGCAGAGACUCUCGGCUCCCUGGGAACCCAGCCUCCCUGCGUCCCACAUUGGGCCAGUGUGGCCCGACCUGGGCCUCUGGAGGCCUUCUAUAUGGAGAGACCUCCUAUUCCCCCAGGGUUCUCUCCACACAUCUUUUGGGGUCCCAGCCCCCAUGGGUUCUUCUGGGCCCCGCAGUCUGGUCCCUGGGUAUCUCUCGGGGCCAUUCCUCCCGCACCGUCAACCCCUGUGGCUCUGGCUGCCACAUCCCUGCCCCCCGCCUCCACCCCGGCACCCGCAGCCUCCACCCUCCCGCCCCCAACCGCCCCCCAGGACCCGCCCACUCCUGCUCCAAGCUGCCCGGCCCAGCCGGAGAGGCAGGGCCCCAAGCCUGGGAGUAGCAGAGCCCCGCGCCAGGAGUCAGCUGGGGCAGUCGUGGCAGCUGACAAGGGGCCUGGUCCCCAGCUCAGAGGCGCCCUGGGCCAAGUAGUAUCAGCUCGACUCUUCCCGGACGGCUUGGAGGACACGCCCCCUCACCUUAAGAGCCCACCUUUACCCGAGGGUGAAUCUCUGAAAGCCACACAGCCCCAAACCAAGAUUGCGCCACCUCGCUCAGAGGUCACGCCCCCUCUAUCUGGAUCAGAAUUUCCCAGGGCACAGACUCCGCCAAGUCGGUGUAAAGCCGAGUCUCCGAAAGCCAAGGCCACGCUCCCCCUAGCGGUGUGGGAGCCUAGGGAAGACAAAGACACUCCCUUGGCUGAAGCUGGGUAUCAGGCGCCCAAGGUCCGGCCCACUCCAGCUAAGGAGGCGUUCCCUGGCACCAGGGCCCCGCCCCCUUCCUUCAAGGCGGGGUCUCUCGAGGCGGCGGCUGCUCCCUCCUCUGCUGCUGGCCACGCCCCCUCAGAAGAUCUGCUCUGCCAGGCUGCCAGACUUCUAGAGGAGGCGGAAGACUCUGACGGCAGCGAGUUCCAGGACGACCCGGUACUUCAGUUGCUAAGAGUUCAGAGGGCCGAGCUGAGACGCCAGAAAAGGAAAGUGGACGCCCAACUAUGCCUCUUACUGGAGCACACUGAAGACCCAGGGACUUGGUCUCCUCCAACCGGUCGCCCCCCCAGGUCCCCAGGAAGGCGUCUGCAGAGGGAAGGAGUUUCUCUUGAGACCAGACAACAUUGAAUUGUACAAAUUAUGUUUUUCCCAAUACAAUAUAUUAUUUUUCUCACGUUA